GCCUCAUCAAAGUGACCAAAUUACAUUGGUGAAGAUGUCGUUACCAGAGCAAUUUGCGAACAACCUGGAAAAACAGCUCGGAAAAACUUCAAGAGUUGGCACGUUGCCAUUUACUGUUGUAUUAAUCGGACUGCAAUAUUUAAUGGAUCGGGAAUUUUCGUGCCCAUGUACCCCAGGCCUUAACGCACUACUGAUCAGCUUCAUCCUUCUUGGACCUGCUCUUCUGGCUUUGACUGUGAUGAUGUUCAUGAGAAGGCCUUGCAGACGUAAAUCGAAGAAUAUCACAGAGAUUUUUUUAUUUACUCUGAUUCCGCCUUCAUUGUGGAUGUUUCUGUUGCUGUUUGAUGGUGCUUAUAUUGCGUGUGGCAUGGCACACUGGGAAGGAGAUUACGUCUUGGAUGAAAACCUCCAGAUUAAAUGGUGCAAACCCACCGGAAUGAAUGACACUGAAGUGAAAGGAACAGAACUGCUACACCUGACCGAAAAAAUCACUUUCUACUCAAGGCUUUCAGCAUUAGCUCUACUGUCAGUCCUCUGCAUUUCCAUCCUGACUGCCGUCAUUUACAGAGACUGUAAGAACAAAACUUUGAAGCAACUGGAUAAACUGGAUGAACCAACACAGCAAACUUCUCUCAGCAGCUCAGAAGUACAGCAUCCAUCUGCCUGAAUACAAUGUUACAGUUAUAAACUGUCUUUA